AUGAUGGAGAGCGUGUGCCUCGGCGACUACUCCGGCAGCCAGACCACCAAGGCUGCGCGCGGGUCGGGGGUGUUCUUCAUCGUGAUCAACUCCAACAUAGCGACUGCGCAGACGUCGUUGCGGCACGCCGACAGGGUCUACUUCCUGCCCGUCACCGUGGAGUUCGUGACGCAGGUCAUCAAGCGUGAGCGUUCCGAUGGCAUCCUGUGCUCCUGCGGCGGCCAGGCGGCGCUCAACUGCGGCGUUAGGCUGGAGGAGGUGGGCGUGCUGUCCAAGUGCGACGUCAAGGUGCCGGGCGCGCCGAUGCAGGCAGUCAUCGCGACCGAAGGCCGCGAACUGUUCGCCAAGGCGGUGGAUCACUGCGGCUACAAGUUGGCCGGGAGCGCCUGCUGCACGACCGCGGGCGAGGCCGCGGAGGCCGCGGCGAAUAUAGGCUACCCGGUGCUGGUCCGCGCCGCCUCCGCCCUCGAGGACCUCGGCAGCGGCUUCGCGGCGGACGAGGGCGAGCUGCGGCGCCUGGUGCAGGUGGCCCUGGUGAACAACCCACAGGUCAUCGUUGACAAGAGCUUGAAGGGCUGGGAGGAGCUCGAGUACGAGGCCGUGCGCGACGCGAACGACAACUGUAUCGCGGUAUGCAAUCUGGAGAACUUCGAUCGGGUGGGCAUCCACACAAGCGACUCGAUUGUCAUCGCCCCCUCGCAGACGCUCACGAACGCCGAGUAUUUCCGGCUGCGUGAGUGCGCCUUGAAGGUGGUGCGCCACCUGGGCGUGGUGGGGGAAUGCAACAUCCGGUACGCGAUGGACCCGCGCAGCCAUGAGUUCCGCGUCAUCGAGGUCAACGCGCGCGUGUUUCGGAGCAGCGCGCUGGCAUUGAAGGCCAUCGGGUACCCGCUCGCGUGCGUCGCCGCGAAGCUGGCGCUGGGCGGCGACCUGGUGUACCUGCGCAACAGCGUCACCAGGUGCACCGCAGCCUGCUUUGAGCCGAGCUUCGUCUACGUCGUGGCGAAGGUCCCCCGCUGGGACCUGCGCAAGUUCCCGACGGUGGACCUGGAGGGGGGCAGCUGCAUGGAGAGCGUGGAAGAGGUAAUGUCCAUCGGGCGUACGCUCGAGGAGAUCAUCCACAAGGCGCUCCGCAUGGUCGACGAGGCCUGCAAGGGCCUCGAUUCCGAGCGCUUCGACCUGGAGCUGGCCCACCGCGGCGAGGAGGGCAUCGCGUACUCCGUCAUGGCGGAGCUGAGGAGGCCGACGCCGACGCAGGCGUGGACGAUCGCGAAGGCCUUCGAGCUGGGCCUGGACGUGGAGAAGAUCUACGGCCUGACGCGCAUCGACAGCUGGUUCCUGGCGAAGCUCCUGCACGUCCACACCGUCAAGCACGCGCUGCAGUCCGUCGACUUCUCAGGCCUUGCGGCCAACCCGCAGCUGCUGCGGGAGGCCGAGCGGCGCGGCUUUGUGGACCGCCAGAUCGCGCCCCUGCUGCGCUUCCAGGAAGGCGUGGGCGCGUAUGACAAGCGGGAGUGCAACGGUGGGCCAGUGCAUGACCGCCACGUCCGCGCCCUGCGGAAGAGCGCUGGCGUCGUUCCCGCGGCGACGCAGACUGAUUUUCUCGCGGCGGAGUUUCCGGCGCACACGGACUACCUCUACCUCGCGUACAACGGCACCGAGAGCGAUGUAGACAUGGCCGGCCUCUGCCCUCGCAAGGACGCCGAGUCCGAGCACGCGGACGUUCCCAUCAUGGUGAUCGGCUGCGGCUCGUACCGCAUCGGCAGCAACGUCGAGCUUGAUUGGUGUUCCGUGAAUUGCGUCAAGACGCUGCGCGGGCUCGGCAAGCUACCCCGUGGUGGUCACGAGCUCGACGCCGUGGACAAGGACGGUGUGAUGUUAAACUAUGCCAUCGCGGAGCACGUCGAGAACGUGGGUGUGCGCAGCGGUGACGCUUCUCUGCUGCUGCUGCUGGCACAGAAGUUCCUGGUGGAGACACAGCGUCGCGUGAAGCAGAUCGGGCAGAAGCUCUCCAGGGAGUUGAAGAUAGAGGACAGGGUCCAAGCGGAGGCAGUGACAGAGGCCAAGGCGGACGCAGAGUUCAAGGCGGCAGAAGCGGCAGGUGCUCAGACUGCCUUGGAGGCGGACGCCGAGUCCGAGGUGGAGGCAGAGGCCGACGCUGGCGCGGAGUUCAAGGCAGCGAUUGAGGCAGAGGCUCAGGCUUCGGUCAAGAAGGCCGCGGAGGCCGCGGCGAGGGCGCAGGCAGAGGCCGACGCGGACGCCGCAGUCGGUGCAGCAGCUGAGGCAGAGGCCACAGUUGACGCAGAGUUCGAGGCGGCAGCAGCCGCGGAGGCGCAGGUUGCCUUGGAGGCGGAGGCCACAGCCGAGGCGGAGGCAGAUGCCGCGGUGAAUGCGGAGGCAGAGCCUAAGGGGGAUGAAGGGCUCAUGGCAGCAGCAGCGGCAGAGGUUCAGCCGGAGGCAGAGGAGGAUGCCAAAACGGAUGCAGAGGUCAAGGCGGCAGCAGAGGCAGAGCCAGAAACGCUGCAAUUCGAGGAGCUCGUGGAGGACCGCCCGGAGGCCCUCGGGAUACCCGGGCGUGCGGUUCAGGGGGAUCUGGAGAAGGCGCCCUUCCGCUUCCCUGGGCAGCUGAAUGCCAACACGGUUCGCCCCUGCAUCAACGCUACCAGCCAGGUUAUGCCUACCGCCAGCGACUACGCUUACGAGCCGGAGCUCGUAGGCGGGGUCGUCAAGCACGUGCUCAUCGGGGUGCUGCCUGACAUGGAGAGAACGCUGCAGAACUUCCCGAACGUUACCGCACUCGGGGGCUCAUACUUGGGCGCGGCGAGCCUCGAGGUGGGCGGCCUGCAAGAAAUGGCCCACAGCGUUGUGACCCAAGCUAGCCCCAUCACCGCCAAGCGGGUGCGAUACACCUUCCGGCUAAACGGGAUGCAGAGGUGUGCCCGUUCCCCAUGCAACCUUGGCGACCCUGAAGAGGCGCCCGAGGCGUUCAGCGGGAUGCGGGGGGCAGCUGGCCGAACCGCUACGAUGCCCAGCGUGGUUUCCAGGCCCUUGAGGGCGGCCACUGCGACCGUCAGGAUUGCUGAGGAGCAUCGGCGCGGCCACGGCCUUGUCACUGCCCUGCGGUUGAAGGCGAAGGUCAUGGGCUACGGCUCCCGGAAGCUGCGGCAGCGGGCGCCUGAGUACCACGCCCUCGCAGACGAGGACAAUAACGGUAACUCCUGCGGCGACGCGUGCGUCUAUACGAUGGCUCUCGGAGAGAACUUCCAGGCCACGAGCGGGUACGUGCACUGCAUCGAUGCCCAGGGGCAGGGGAGUCUCUACAGGAGAAAUUUCUCGAAGAGCACCCCGGUCUUCACCAGGAGGGCCGUCUCUCUCAUAAAGUCGGAGAGCCGGGGUAGCAUGGCCUCAGUCAUGAGCACAGUCAACCUCGGGCCCCACAGGAACCCGAGGGGGCAGGAGAAGCUGAGAUUCAACGCUACCAGCCCGGCCACGGCUACCCCGAAGCAGGUUAUGUCUAACGCCAGCGACUACGAUCCCGUGCCAGAGACCAUCGGCAAAGUCGUCGGGAGCGCGUUCACCUGGGUGCCACUUGACAUGGAGAGGAUGCUGCAAGCCUCCCCGAGCUCUGCAACCUCGGUGGCCCCGCUCCUGAACACGAAGCGCCUCGAGGUCGAGACCCUCGUUGAGGUGCCGCUGCCCGCCGUCCAGGAGGUCGUCCAGGUGCUCACCGGCAUGCAUCACCCGCGCCGCCAUCACGCGGGGGUGGAGCAGAUCGUCGUCAUCCACGCCUCCCGCGAGAGCGCGAUGAUCGUGCACGACCAGAGGAGGCCCCAGAAGGGGAGGAUCCAGAAAUGCGGCGUGGAGCAGGUGGCGGUGGUGGCAGCGCCAGUGUCCCAGGGGGAGAUGAUCCAGGUGCCGCCCGUCACCCAGCCGACGAAGGAGCGACCUGUGCACGUCGAUGUGAUCCAGGGCGUGCUGGUCGAGCAGCGGCUUGAGGAGGCGGCCCCUGCCCCGAGGGCUUCUAGCCCUGGCGAUGGCCGCGACAAGCUCGGCUCAGAGGCGUUUGGCACGGUCAUGGCUCACCUGGCGGCCCCUAGAGGGCCAGUCGGGGCCUUCAGCGAAAGGCGCAUGGCAGCCGGCAAGACCGUCGAGAGGUUCAACGCACUAGACGGGAUGCAGAGGGGUGCCCGUCCCCCAUUCAUGGAUUACGGCUCCCGGGGGGCUGCGACAGCGGGCAUGGAGCCCUACGCCCUCGUCGACGAAGAGAGGAACGGCAACCUCUACGACAACAUGCGCGCCCACACGACGGCGUUGGAAGAGAACUCCCAGGCGAGGAGCCAGUGCGAGUACCACAUGGGUGCCGGGGGGCGUCUCUACAAGGGCCGGCUCAGGGCGAUGCCGAGGUGCGCAGUGGCGGCGGCCGGGCACAUCAGGAGGGCUGUGAGGGUGUAG